CAGAAGGAAGAAUAAAGAGCAAGAACAAUGUGGAAAGCAGGAUCUAUUGGCAUUUUGUUGGUUCUUCUUUUUGGAAGUGGCAACUUCUUCAAAAUGGAGAGAGGUUUUCAUGCUAGAGGUGUGAAUGCCACUGAGACGUGCUCAAUGCCGAAAGCAUGUGAUGUGCCUGGAUUCUCUGAUUGGUUCAGAGUGGGUAAACACUGUGUCAAAUACUUCUCCAGUCAACUAAACUUCACUGAAGCCGAGUUCAAUUGCAGGACCAAAGCUCCUAGGGCACAUCUGGUGUCAGUGCAUAAUUUACAGGAUAACAAUUACUUGCUGUGUAUUGUGAAAAAAUUUAACCCAAAAAGCCUGCGCAUCUGGCUCGGAGCCUAUGAAUUAUUUCAGUCUGGUCAGUUUUUCUGGCUCGAUGGAUCCUUCUGGAAUUUUAAUCAAUGGGUUCCUGGUGAGCCCAAUCAUAUGUACACUUACACGGAGGAAUGUGUGGAGAUGAACUGGAGAGAAAUUGGCAAGUGGAAUGACGCCACUUGCAAUGUCAAGAAAAGCUUCAUCUGUGCCUUCAAGCGUAAGGAAUUCAUGGAAAUACACUCUGAGUGAUCCACGCUUUUAUCAUCACAUGUAUCUUUUUGAAUAAAUCUGUUGACGC